AUGAAGACAAAGGAAGUGGUACUUGGAAGCUUGUUGUUAGUGAUUUCUGUGGCUACAACGUGUGUAUAUGAGUCUGCAUUGGUAGGAAAGAUUAAGCAAUAUGAAGAGGCAAGAUCCGUGGUUAUGUCUUUGUCAGAACCGCAUUAUUCAGCGAGUACAGAGGGUCAAUUGAUCCUGUUUUCAGGUUUAAUCACGACUACAGGAGCGUUUAUCGAUAAGAAUCAAUGGAAUGAUCAAGAAAAGGAGACAGACAAUGUACAAGUUCGACAGAGUCCAUUUGUACUGGAUCCAGUAUUUGGAAUUGCAACGAAAGGUGUGAGACUUGAUCGUCAGGUCGAAAUGUUGCAAUGGGUUGAAACGUCACAUACUUCCAUGAGCAGUACACGCGAGGACGAGGACCAACGAUUUAGUGAUGAACGAGAGAGGAUCUAUAUGUACGACUUGAGAUGGAAAGAUAAGCCAAUUGAUAGUAUUGGAUUCAAUGAGCUGGGCUACACAAAUCCACCGCCCGAAGCUUGGAAGUACAUGUCAGCGGUGAUCAAAGCGAACGACCUUGUGGUAGGGGAUUUCAAGCUGGCCGAUGAACUAGUUGAUCAGAUUCAACGUCGAGAUGUUGUGCAUUUGGAUGCAUCAAAUCGACGAGUGAUGGCUCAUUUGCUCGAGCAAAGAAUAGGAACAGCGUGGGAGCAAGACAGUGCACUGACUAAUAUCUCGGUUCAAGAUGAUUUUUUCUACUUUCGAGAUGGAGAGCCUGUUUUAGGGGAUCAACGUGUACAUUUUGAGGUCACACCCAAUUAUCCAGUAACAGUGUGUGGUCUGCAAAAAGGAAAAGACGUGGUGCCGCUCAAAAGCUCGACUGGUGAAGCGAUUUAUUUGUUGGAGGACGGAAUAAUGACUGCCAAUGAGCUUUUUGACAAGAAAACGCACACAGAGGUGCGCAAAAACUGGUUCUUUCGACUAUUUGCAGGUGUGCUGGGCUUCAUGGGCUUCAUAGUGUUGCGCCGUCCGCUUAUCGAACGCUUUGGGUCUCUUCUAGCUGGCAUUCAACAGCAUCUAUUGGGAAGCAGUAUGAGUAUUGCGCUCACGUUUACGGUUGUUGGAGCUAAUUGGAUUCUAUACAGACCGUUGUGGGCUCUUGUAUUGUGGUUGGGUGGUUGGACGCCUUUAAUCUGUCUCAUUCUCGUCUCUCGCAAUCAACUGCAGCUGAAGGAUGAAUAA